GUGGAAACGACUUAAAAACAUCCUUGGGAAACGAUCAUUUAGACGCCACUUCACGGCAAAACUUGGUGCAAAAAUGUGUCUCAAAACAAAAACGACUGCGUUUUAAUUUCGGUAACAUUAUCUUCAAACAAGCGACAGGUUUGUUCGGGUCGUCGUUGAGAAUUUUACUUUGAAAGGACUACACGGAAGUCGUCUGUUUACAGUUGUUUGACAGGAGAAGUGCGUGUUUGUUUGCGAGAGUUGUGUCACAGACGUUGACCUGAUUUCUCAUUAAAACACCGGACGAUGGCCUCCGGCGGUGGGAUCCAGAUACCGAGCCGUCUCCCGCUGCUGCUGUCCCAUGAGGGGGUGCUCCUCCCGGGCUCCACAGUCCGCUUCAGCGUGGACUCCCCGCGGAACAUGCAGCUGGUGAGCCAGCGGCUGCUCAAGGGGACUUCUCUGAAAAGCACCAUCAUAGGAGUGAUUCCCAACACCAGAGACCCGGAGCACGAAGCCGACGACCUCCCAACACUGCACAAGAUCGGUACAGCGGGGAUAGCAGUGCAGGUGGUGGGAAGCAACUGGCCAAAGCCCCACUACACCCUCCUCAUCACCGGACUGUGCCGCUUUCGGGUGUCAAAUCUGCUUAAGGAGAGACCUUUUAUCCUGGCAGAGGUGGAGCAGCUGGACAAACUGGAGCAGUACACGAGCCCAGCGACAGACGGUGCCACAGCAGAAGAUGGAGAGCUGGGGGAGCUGUCGCACAAGUUCUACCAGGCUGCUGUACAGUUGUUAGGUAUGUUGGACAUUUCAGUUCCAGUUGUGGCUAAAUUCAGGCGUCUGUUGGACAGUCUGCCAAGGGAAACUCUACCUGAUGUGGUCGCCUCCAUGAUCCGCACCUCAAACAAGGAGAAACUACAGGUCCUGGAUGCGGUGAGCUUGGAGGAGCGAUUCAAGAAGGCUCUGCCCAUGUUGACCAGACAGAUCGAGGGACUAAAACUGCUGCAGAAAACCAGGAAAAUGAGUCCUGACAAUGAGAAGAGGGUGCUAUCAGUACGUAAAGGUGGCUUGUUCCCGGGUCGGCAGUUCAACCUGGAUGAAGAAGAUGAAGAUGAGGAUGGCGAUGACACUGCAGCCUUGGAAAGGAAGGUCCACGGGGCCAAGAUGCCUGAAGCUGCACUUAGAGUUUGUCUCAAAGAGCUUAAGAGAUUAAAGAAGAUGCCUCAGUCCAUGCCUGAGUAUGCCCUGACCAGAAACUACUUGGAUCUGAUGGUGGAGUUGCCGUGGAGCAAAAGCACUAAAGAUUGUCUGGACAUCCGAGCUGCCCGCACCCUAUUGGACAACGAUCACUAUGCCAUGGACAAGCUGAAGAGACGUGUGCUGGAGUACCUGGCUGUUAGACAGCUGAAGACUUCCCUGAAGGGCCCCAUCCUCUGCUUUGUGGGGCCCCCAGGAGUCGGUAAGACCAGUGUGGGACGCUCCAUUGCCAGAACUCUGGGCAGAGAGUUUCACCGCAUCGCUUUGGGAGGCGUCUGUGAUCAGUCUGAUAUCCGAGGACACAGACGGACAUAUGUUGGGAGCAUGCCGGGCCGCAUCAUUAAUGGUUUGAAGACAGUUGCCGUCAAUAAUCCGGUGUUCCUUCUGGACGAGGUGGACAAACUGGGGAAGAGUCUGCAAGGAGACCCUGCAGCUGCACUGCUGGAGGUACUGGACCCGGAGCAGAACCACAGCUUUACAGACCAUUAUCUCAAUGUGGCCUUUGACCUCUCCCAAGUGCUCUUUAUUGCCACUGCAAACACCACUACUACCAUUCCCCCGGCCCUGCUGGACAGAAUGGAGGUGCUGCAGGUACCAGGAUACACUCAGGAGGAGAAGGUGGAGAUAGCUCACCGUCACCUGAUCCCAAACCAGCUGGAGCAGCAUGGAUUAACACCGCAACAGCUUCAUAUUCCACAGGAAACCACCCAGGAUAUAAUCAGCAGAUAUACCCGUGAAGCCGGAGUUCGCUCCCUAGAGAGGAAGUUUGGGGCGAUCUGCCGAGCUGUGGCUGUGAAGGUCGCCGAAGGUCACAGAGUCACCGUGACGGAGGAUUCCGCCCCCAACAGCCCGACACAGCAGGACAAGGCAGCGCCUCCAGAGAUGCCCAUAGUGAUCGACCAUGUGGCCCUCAAAGACAUCCUGGGACCUCCACUGUUUGAAAUGGAGGUGUCUGAGAGGCUCACCCUGCCAGGUGUGGCUGUCGGCUUGGCGUGGACUCCCCUGGGUGGGGAGAUCCUGUUUGUGGAGGCCAGUCGAAUGGAGGGAGAAGGUCAGCUCACUCUGACUGGUCAGCUGGGAGACGUUAUGAAAGAAUCUGCCCAUCUGGCUAUCAGCUGGCUCAGAGCGAACGCUAAAACCUACCAGCUCACCAACAUGGUGGGGGGUCCAGACCCACUAGAGGGGACAGACAUCCACCUCCACUUUCCUGCUGGAGCUGUCACCAAGGAUGGCCCCUCUGCAGGUGUUACCAUAGUAACCUGCUUAGCCUCGCUGUUCAGCGGCCGUUUGGUCAGAUCAGACGUUGCCAUGACAGGAGAGAUCACGCUCAGAGGGCUGGUGCUGCCGGUGGGUGGGAUCAAAGACAAGGUCCUGGCGGCCCACAGGGCGGGGGUGAAGCGCGUCAUCCUUCCUAAACGCAAUGAGAAGGACCUGGAGGAGCUUCCGGCCAACGUCCGAGCCGACCUCGACUUUGUCAUGGCAGCAAACCUGGGCGAGGUGCUGAGCGCCGCCUUUGAUGGAGGGUUUCCAGGCACAGCAGGCACCCACACACACCCUCAGGUGACCAGCAAACUGUAACACACUGAUGAAAACACACACACAGCGACAAUGUGAAGCCCAAACAGAGAAAAGUGGGUGUCAUGAGCUCAAAAUCUCAUGAGUUUUCCCGCAUAUGCAGUCACAGGAAAUACCAGCAUGCACUGCUGUAAUCCUGACAGUCAUGUUAUUGAUUUGUAUUUUUUGCUGUUGAGAUCUAUGUGUUUAAAUGAUUGUUUUACUAUUUAAGAGAUAAUUUAGGUAAAUUGAGCUACAAUUCAGAGUCAAGCCCUGUAGAAUAGUUCAGUUUACAUGGACAACAACUCCGACCCUGUUUAGACCUGGUAUCAGCUCGUGUUUCGGGGACCCCAAUGCAAGCGGACAACCGAGACACACCGCGGUUCAUGACUGUCCCUUUCAUGCGUUUCCAGCUGACAACUUCAGAAUUUGUUUCUGCAUCCACACUUUUGCUAGCUGCUUGUAGCAUGCUCGCUGCUCACCUUAGCAGUUGCAUCAGCACAGUUGGAGAUAUCGCUGUCAGCAGGAACGUGUCUCCAUCCAGUGGGCAGAACGAGAGAUGGUCACGCAACACGUCGAACACGUCCAGAUUGACAUAAAACUGCUAAUGCUGCCCUCACGUGCUUUUCUCACUUGUGCAGUCAUAAUUACAACAUACGCACAUUAAAGUGCUCUGGUCAGAAAACUCAACAAACAAAAAUGUCUACCUGUUUUGUGUCAUGCUAGAAGUAAAAAGUUUUUUUUUUUUUUUUCCAUAGCUCCCAACUUGGGAAUUGAAAUUAUCCAGUUUCCCACUUGUAAUUAUGACUUUAGAGGAGCAUGUGAAGGCAGCAAAGGUUACAGAGCAUUAGUGCUGUCGCCAAGACAACCACCACAUCCUGCACUGAUAAUGUUGUCCUUGUCGGAGAUGCAUCAGGACAGCGUUAGUGUUUAUAGUACAAAACAUUAUGCGGUCAAAUGCGUCCCUGCACACCUCGUCAGGUGUUUAGACCUGUGUUGAGCGCUAUCCAGUUGUGAUCAGAUCACCUGAGACACAUGUUGAUGCCAAAUCUAAACACAAUGUCUGUUAUAAGAAAUUAUACUAGUAUGAUAUCCUUGUUAAUAGGCAUACCUUCCUGAUAUUUCACCAGAGUAUAUGAUGGAACAAACAUGCACUGCUAACACAAAUUUUGCCUUCUUAGUGGUAAAUAACCAAAAUGCUGCACUUCUACUGAGCUGUUGACUUAAAAAUGGGUUGAAAUUUCUAUUUUCAGUGUGAAAAAUGGGUGUUGUAGAAAACAAAAAGACUUUUAAUAUGUCACAGCAAUGAUUUCAUACUAAGUCAAAAUCCACUUGUGUCCUAUUGAAUAAGUAAAAACUGCGAUUUGAAUUAAAGAUGCUUGAAAUCUUGA